UGAAGGGGGGAGUACGCUUUCAUCCGAGUUUCUGGAGCGUAUUAGAAAGAGCCCUAGCGGGAUACAGGGGGAGCAGAGGCGUGUGUGACCCUGGGCUGCUUCUGCUUCUUUCCGGGCGUCCGCCUUGCCAUUCUCACCAAGAGGUUGGCGGCACGGGGAUGUGUGAGCAGACGCGAUGGACGCGGGGAUCCGCCCGCACGGAAAUGGGAGUGGAGGAAGGCGCGCACAGAACUUUUCGCUGGACAGCCCUUGCCGAAAGGCGGUAACUAGAGGCCCCGCCUCGCAGGCCCCGCCCAGCCCCGCAGGCCCCGCCCCCGAGACCUAAAGCGCGGCAGCCUCCAGCUACCCCAUUGUAAACUCGCCGGACACGUUUUCGGUUUGAGUACUGUCCGUGCUCUCUCCACGCGCCCUCCGCCUGCCGACAGACAACAGAGUUGCCAGCACGCUCUUGUUCUCCCUUCGGCCGGGACACAUAGUAUGACUAUUAGGUGUUUCGUCUCCCAGCCAUUUUCUAUGGAAAACCAAGGGGAUCGGGCCAUGAUAGCCACUGGCAGCUUUGAAGAAUGGGAUGCCUUUAGAGAAGCUUGAUCUUGGAGGCCUCAGUGUGAGACCUUACAAAGCCGGAUUCCGGCAGAGUUCCUCUAUCUCGUCUUGUUGCUGACCGAAGGUGCCCCCUUCUCCAUCUUUCUCCAUCUCCUGGGAGAGAGGAGGAAAUCAGCAUUAUGGUUGGGUUCAAGGCUACAGAUGUACCCCCUACUGCCACUGUGAAGUUCCUGGGGGCUGGCACAGCUGCCUGCAUUGCAGAUCUCAUCACCUUUCCUCUGGACACCGCUAAAGUCCGGCUGCAGAUCCAAGGAGAAAGGCAGGGACCAGCGCGGGCCGUAGCCAGCACCCAGUACCGUGGUGUGCUGGGCACCAUCCUGACCAUGGUGCGCACCGAGGGCCCCCGCAGCCUCUACAAUGGGCUGGUCGCUGGCCUGCAGCGCCAGAUGAGCUUUGCUUCUGUCCGCAUCGGCCUCUACGACUCUGUCAAGCAGUUCUACACCAAGGGUUCUGAGCAUGCCGGCAUCGGGAGCCGUCUCCUGGCAGGCAGCACCACAGGGGCCUUGGCUGUGGCUGUGGCCCAGCCCACAGAUGUAGUAAAGGUCCGAUUUCAAGCUCAGGCCCGGGCUGGAAGUGGCCGGAGAUACCAAAGCACUGUCGAUGCCUACAAGACCAUUGCCCGAGAGGAAGGGUUCCGGGGACUCUGGAAAGGGACCUCUCCCAAUGUUGCUCGUAAUGCUAUUGUCAAUUGUGCUGAGCUGGUGACCUACGAUCUCAUCAAGGACGCCCUCCUGAAAGCCAACCUCAUGACAGAUGACCUCCCUUGCCACUUCACUUCCGCCUUUGGGGCAGGCUUCUGCACCACUGUCAUCGCCUCCCCUGUCGAUGUGGUCAAGACGAGAUACAUGAACUCUGCCCCGGGCCAGUACAGCAGCGCUGGCCACUGUGCCCUUACCAUGCUCCACAAAGAGGGUCCCCGAGCCUUCUACAAAGGGUUCAUGCCCUCCUUUCUCCGUUUGGGUUCCUGGAACGUGGUGAUGUUUGUCACGUAUGAGCAGCUCAAACGGGCUCUCAUGGCAGCCUGCACUUCCCGGGAGGCUCCCUUUUGAGUGUCUCCUGCUGCUGACCCAACCACCUUCGGCUUUGGCUCUGGCUCUGGCUCUGGCUCUGGCUCCGGCUCCGGCUCCAGCUCCAGCCAAGCCCUGCUUCCCUUCCCUCUCUCCUCACCCCUUCCUUCCACUCCCUUUCCCACCACCUCCCUCUCCUGUCCCCACAUUCUUACCCCUUCUCCCCUACCCCAUCUCCCCGUUGCCUCCCAGUCCUAGUAGAGUUGACCCCAGUUGACACUGUGGGAGGCCUGGAACUAGCCAGGAUCCCAAGCCUUCAAUCCCUUGAAAAGCUAAGCCCAACUCUUUGUUCUGCCCCUAGUCCCAGCCAGCAUGUCCCCCAUAAAACAGGUUCAACCUUG